UAAUUGAUCCUCGUAAGUUAGAAGGCUGUGUACCAUCUGUUAUUGACUGUGAUGACUGAAGAUGAUACGUGCUGAUUAACUGAAUUUAGAAAAAUGGUACAGAAGUACCAAUCGCCCGUUCGGGUGUAUAAAUACCCGUUCGAAUUGGUGAUGGCGGCUUAUGAGAGAAGAUUUCCCACCUGUAAAAUGAUCCCAGUGUUUCUUGGGAGUGACAUUCUCAGUGAAUAUAAGAGUGAGGAUGGUGCAAUUCAUACAAUUGAAAGGAAAUGCAAAUUGAAUGUAGAUGCUCCAUAUAUCUUGAAAAAAAUAGUUGGAGUGGAGUUUGUGUAUUUUAUCCAAAAGAACUCGCUUGAUAGGCGGAACCGUACUCUCCACAUUGAAGCACACAAUGAGUCAUUUUCUUCAAGGGUUAUUAUUAAGGAACACUGUGUUUAUACAGUUCAUCCUGAGAAUCCAAACUGGACAUGUUUUGAACAAGAUGCCAGCUUGGACAUCAAAUCCUUCUUUGGGAUGGAAAACAUGGUAGAAAAGAUUUGCAUGAAAGAAUACACCAAGAACAUCAAAAAGGGCAAAGAGGUAAUAGAACAUUUCAUCAAUGAGCUGAUCAGUGAAGGGAAGGAUUACAUACCACCUUGGUCAGACGGAAGAGAAUCUCUCAAGAGUCUGAAGGCACCCUCGCCCUCAGAGGAAGACGGAGAGGUUACACCAAGAAUGGGGUCCAGAGCCAACAGCUGCAGUGAUUAUGAACUCCCUGUGGGAGCCACUGCAGCCACUGUGGAUGAAUUGGAUGUGAAAAAUACCAAGCUGGAUGCUGACUAUAUUCAGAGGUUCCUGGGAGAGCUGUCUCCUCUACAGGAGAGCAUGCUGGUACAAUUACGUAGGGUGCUGGUGGAACACCAUAAAGGAAAGGUUCCACAAGAUGACACAAUUUUACGAUUCCUGCGGGCCAGGGAUUUUAAUUUAGACAAAGCAAGGGAGAUGAUACUCCACUCCUUAGCUUGGAGAAAACUGCACAGGGUGGACAGACUGUUGAAUACUUACACACCUCCACAAGUGAUUAAUGAUUACUAUCCUGGUGGAUGGCAUUAUCAUGACAGGGAGGGUCGCCCAUUGUACAUACUAAAAUUAGGGUCCAUGGAUGUAAAAGGACUGCUUAAAACAUCUGGAGAGGAAGGAAUACUCAAACAUGUACUUGCUGUGAAUGAAGAAGGCAUAUUAAGAGCAGAAAAAGCCACCAAGCAUUAUGGUCAUCCUGUCAGCACUUGCACCUGUAUAGUGGAUCUAGAGGGGCUGAGCAUGAGGCAUCUGUGGCGACCAGGCAUCAAGGUUCUCCUACGUAUCAUAGAAGUGGUGGAGGCCAACUAUCCAGAAACCAUGGGCCGACUCCUCAUUGUAAGAGCACCAAGGGUUUUUCCAGUCUUGUGGACCCUGAUCAGUCCUUUUAUUGAUGAAAACACUCGACAGAAAUUCAUGAUUUAUGGUGGAAAUGACUACAAAGAAGGACUAAAAGACUUUGUCGAACCACAGUACAUUCCUGACUUUCUUGGGGGUGACUGCUAUUGCGAUGUUCAUGAUGGUAGUCUAGUUCCCAAAACUCUCUAUGAGCACACUGAGGAAGAUGUGGAAAAGGCAGCAGAGGGAGAUCCCCUGUCUAUUGACAGCCUCUACAAAACUGCUUUUGUUAGCAAGGAUUAUCCACAAGAGCUGCAUAUCCAUGUGCCUCAGAAAGGUUCAGUGAUCACAUGGGACUUUGACAUCCUUAAAGGUCACGUGACCUUCACUGUGAUGCGGAGCCGUAAGCCAAUCAUAGAUGAGCCUCACAUCCACCACAUCCAUGGGGCAGCCCCUGGCGUGACUUCCACACAGUAUAUAGACAAGUCUAAGGUGGUGGGAGUGGACCUCAGCAUAGUGGAGGCACCAUUUGUGUGUAGGGAUGGAGACAGUGUGCAGGGAUCUCAUGUGACCAGCAGUUCGGGGUCUUAUAUCCUGCAGUGGAAGUACUUUGACUCUGCUAAAGCUGCCAACCCUCACUCCUUUGACUUCUCUCUUACAACACACAAAUCCAAGGUCAUGUACUACACAGAGUUACUGCAGUCAGAGAACUUCAAGGGAUCCAUGACAAGUUUACAGUCUAGUCUCCAGUCUAGUCUCCAGUCUAGAAGUUUCUCUUCACUCAGCCUGGUUAGUGGUCAGUCAGACAGGGACCAGAGGUCGCAGGGUGCUAUCGCCUCCUCCUGGAACUCAUCCCCGUCACGGUGACAUGAGGGACGCAUUGCUGGUCACAGUAGGACGCAUAGCUCACAAUAAUGUUUGUCAUCCAUCCAAGGCAUAUACAGGUCAGGCAAAACUAAAACCAGCAUGGCUAAAUUAUCAUUUUGCUGCAGAGAGAAUGGAAAAAUGUUCCCGCUAUAUUGAGCUGAUUUUUGCAAAAUUCUGUAAGAGUGCUUUUGUCUCUGCAUGGCUAAAUUGUCUUUUGGGUGCUAAGAACAGAAAAGUUAUGAUACUAAAGCUGUUUUAUGCUGGUUUUAACAGAUUUACAAAUUUUCAAAGUAGCUUGACUGUGCUUAAACAGCCAAAUUAUAAUCAAUGUUUUGUUUACACAGGGAAAUUUUAUACCACUUUUCUAGUCUCAAUUACAUUGGAAAGUCUGUUUGGAAAAUUGCCCAUGAUUAUUACUCAAAAAUGACAUUAUUGAAGCUCAGUUAUCCCAUUUGUGAUUGGUAAUGCGUUGUGAAUUAUUUGGGAGACAUUUACCUCCCAGGAGGAUUGUAGAGGAAGAUUUUUUUCAUUCAUUGUAUCUGUGAAUAAUUUCUGGUAAAUUAGAAUAUUACCCUUGUGCCUUUCACCUAUAGGAAAUCCCACAUUGCCUUGAAGAAAAGUGGUAGUUAAAUUGUCUAAGGUUAUCCUCAGAUAUCUUGUUAGCUUGGUAGUUAAUUUCUCUCAAGUUUAUUUGUUAACAAUACCUAUCAAGCCCAGUUUAUGAACUAACACAAUAAACAAGUAAUAAGGUAUAUUAUCUUCGUGCCAGUACUUAAGAUAUAAGAUAAUAUAUUAAGAAAUUAAGUUAAUGGAGUCAUUAUGUGAGAAUAAGUUAAAAAGGCACUCUUGUGCUUGAAGUAGAUUUAAUGAAACUAGUCAAAAGUGAAUCAAACUUUGUGUCUGGUGCAUUUGUAUACUGAAGCAAUAUGUUCAAAUUAAAACCACAAAGCUUGGACUUUAUCAGCCAAUAGGCUGACAAAAAGUUUUAGUGGCCAAAGUGCAGUGAAAUAAUCAAAAAGGCAAAGCUUAAUCCCAAUCAGGCCUUUUAUGAUACCAGCAAUUAUAGUACAUGAAGUUUUAUGAUAGCUACUGCUUGCUGUGUUAUCACGUGUGUAUGUGCAAUGAAAAGUAAUGAUUUGCUGUCACUUGUCAUUAUGUGCUAGUGAAAUGAAAGUAUUCUUCAACCUGUUUUAACAAAAAUGUUCUUAUAUAAUCCAAAACUGAUUUUAUUCUGCGAGGUUCACUGUGUUGCUCCAGGUAUUUAGAUAUUUGUUUUUUGGUUUUUAUAAUCUUAAUGAUCCAUUGAUACCAAGUGUAUGUUGAUACAUGUGAUAGAGAAGGUGUUGGGACUUUAAUAAAAUAUUUCAACCAGAUGUCAUGAUACAGAGUCACAGGGUAAAAAAAAAAGCACUCUAAGUCUCAGCUAUGAAAUAAUUGGAAACUGUGCCUCAUCUGUUACAGCAUUAUGUAUGCCAUAACUGAUUUGAUAUUUUGGAGAAAUGAAAUCCACCUUCAAAACUCGGGGUAGGGAAACAGUAACUUACUUCUAUCAGGAAUUUGAAAUCCGUCUGAACAACAGAAAUGCAUCCGGCUUUUAAGACUCUUGUUGGAUCUGAUGGGUAUAAACUUAAGCUGUCUUUGAGGUGGAUUUUUGGUGAUAUGAGUUUUGUCCAUGCUAAUUUAUAGAAAUGUCUACAACUUACAUCCAGUGAGAAAAAAAUACAGGGAAAAGGUUAAGAACAAAUAUAUUUAUUAUAGAAGUUAUUUAUAGGUAAAAAAUCCAUUUCUUCAUAUUCUUCAUCUAUUCUUAUACUGUAUUGCAUAUAUCAAGGUUUUUGUUGGUUCAGAUGAGCCAGACUGAUUUUUUGCCAUCCCUCCAAAUAAGGAGCCUCCAUGUAGGAUGUGGUAUAGUAUGUCGAUCUUUUCUAUCAAUCCUACACAUUUUCAAUAUGACAUAUUUAUGCCAUAAAGUGAAUUCCUAUUGGACACAAAAUGAUUAAGAUGUGAAAGCUGGUUUGAAGGAAAAGGAAUAAUUACCGCAUUCAGUGGAAGGUCAGUUUUAUAGUUUGUUAACAGAGCAUUCUUUGCUUACUUUUCCUAAAAAAAGGCAAUGAGUAUUUUAAUUUUAUAAUAGUUAUUAAUUGUCAUGGUGAUGGAAUUUUUUUCAAAAAAAUAUUUUUAAUAAUUAUACUGCUGUAAGGGAUGUUAUGUGGUCCACAAACCCAGGAUUCUUGCAUGUUGGGUGUGCUGUGAACAUAAUUAAGUUUACUUAAACCAUUUUUUUAUUUUCCCCAGGAUGUAAUGCAUCUUUAUAUAUUUACUGGACUAGAUAAUAAAAUUUGGUUGAUUUUG